UCACGCAUUUCAUCUUUACGCAUGGAAGAACAAUAGAACUAUUAUAAGAAUUGACAAGAGCGAUAACCGCAUUUAUUAUUCGAUUUCGUGUCGUUCUUGCGAUUCUGAAAGCAAUUCGAUUUCACAAUGAAAUCACGAUCGCUUCCGGGAAAGUGCAAACGAAUUUUUAAAUCGCGACGCGCACCGCGAUUCAACAUGGCGGCGAUCAGCUGUGUUCUGUCACAAUGAUGUUCGCCUCAACUGGGUUAAUUAGCCUAAUCGGUGCGGCGUGCGCUAUCCGUUACGACUAAUCAUCCCGUCGAUUGGAUCUCGAAUUUGACGUAUCGUGUGUGCGACGAUCGUUCGUCGGUAUCUUUUCUUUUCUCCCUCCACGCUCACUGACCGUGAAUACGAGGCGUCUGAAGUGAGCGGCGAGUGGACGCGCAGUCUUGCCGCACAAAAGCAAUAUGGUGGUGAUCGUCGGGGACAGUCGAGUGAAUACGGGGAAUGUUUAAUAAUAUUGUCACCGUUGUGGCGAGACGUGCAUCGGUGACGAGCGCGAGUGAUGAACUUGACGUGACCGAGAGCCUCUCGCUAGGCUGAAAGGACCUGGGCACCAUGUGCGAUGUAUGCGUCGACUUUCACGAUCUUCUACUUUCCUAUGACGAACGUUCGUCGAAGGAACAAGAUGCAUUGGCGACGUUAUGCAUAACAGACGUCGACACAACAUUGCAUUAUGUUAAUCAGUGGGUGCAAAGACAAUGUAUGUGCUGUUAUCGCGAGAUUAAAAAUUUUGAUCGAUUUAUAAGGCUAACUCAGAGUAUUGUACUUUGUACAUUACAACAGUUACAAGUUAUACAGCAAAAUGAAGAUGUUGCUAAGGAGACUGUUGAAGAAGGAAAAGAGGAGGAAGAGAAAAAUAGUAAACGAAAGUCCAGCGACAACACAGAGCAUGCACAAGUGGAAGCUCAGACGAAACAGAUAUGGUCACAGCAGGAUAGGGAAAGAUUAUUUCAUCUUCUCUCGAAAAUUUUUUUAUUAAAUUUUCCUCUUUAUAUCGCUAUGAAGCAUGGCGGUGUAAUCAAUCCUUUAGCUCCUGUCAAGGACGAAGGUGGCUAUUGCGAACCGCAUGAUCCCGAAGUACCGGCGCCUUUGAUCCGUGCUGUAUCUAUAUUUUGCCAUCAAGGAGGCUUUAAUUUGAUGUCCGCUUGUUUUGAUAUGGAAAGCACACUGCCUGUUAGUCUUGCGCAUUCUAUGGUUGCAGUUAUUUGUAAUCUCAAACUUUGGUUAAAUUACGGUAGCGUCAUCCAACUAUUUAUACCAUUACGCAGUCGUGUUAUGAAGUAUAUGUGUCGUUUAGGAGACAAGGAAUUGCGUACUCCUGCUGUUAGAACAAUGGCAGAUUUUAUGUGGAGCGCGGUGAAAGAUCCAAUAGACGCCGUAUUACCGAGCUUUGAUCGCGAUGGACUCGACUUGGCAUUUAAAUAUUUUACUAGUACAACUCUGACUAUGAGGCUGGCUGGUGUAGCUCAGAUAAACGCUCAUAUCACCGCUUCUAAUGAGCUCUGCAAUAGCGAGACCGUUGCCGAAGUCGAACAAGUGGGACACGCACUUGCCGCUUGGUUAACUGAGAACAACAUCAUAGCUCAUAUAUUCGGACCAAACUUACACGUAGAGGUUAUUAAGCAGAGUCACAUUAUAUUAAGUUUUUUAGCUAUGGAAGGUAGAAUUACAUCUUCAGACAUGGACACUAUGUGGCAAGCCGCACAAUUGAAGCAUUGCGGCCGACCGGUUUAUGACCUAUUGGCACCUUUGGUUAAACAUCUGGCUCCUACUCCCGUACUUCAUCUAUACUCUUUAUUAGGCAAAUUAGAACCUAAGGAUCACACAGAACAAAGUCUGUUCUUAGCGUCUGCUUUGAUCAAAUUUAUCUGGACAUCCGGUCGUUCGGCUUAUCCUAGGGGUUUUGUAAUGAAAAACCGAGAGAUUUUGAGGAGUACUAGUGGAGUCGGCGGAAGUAGCAGCAGCGAUCCGAGCGGUAUGGACGGUAGUAGUCCAGAAGACGAUGAGGAAGAGCCUAGUCCGACAUUGUCCGAUGGACCGUCGCCCAGAAAACAAGCAAGGGCCGACAGUAGCGACGGUGAAGGACAUUAUAAAGGAAAGAAUCUGACGACUACCACCAUUGAAUCGAGUCUCAAUGAAAUCGAAGACCUGAAUUCUGAUAAAUUUGAUUGUAAUAGAGAAUUGCCUAAGGAUUCAUCAACGAGUGCUAUUCGCGAGGAGCUAAAGAACAAGCAGAGUGGAUCCGAUGCCGAAGCGGACACGGAGAAGUCUAAUACGGAGGAAAUGUUUGUACAGGAGAAGAAAAAACGAAAGAUUCUGCGCAAGCGAAAGAGACCGCAGAAGCGUUCUUUGAACGCCGUUGAGAAAACUCUGGAAGAUAUUGUUGGUCAAGACGACAAUGUGAAGUCGAAGGAUUUGCUUGUAGAUGCGAAAAACAGAACGGAAGAUGUAUUGAAUAGUAGUCUAGAUGUGGGUGCUUUAACUACAUUAGAUGAACCGAAGAGCGUUGACGCGUUGGAUCGCGUUAAGCAACAGGCAAUAGCUUUGGAUCCAAACGACCAGCAAGUUCCAACAACAGCGGCGCUAUUAAGACGCGCCAAUAAGAAUAAAUACAUGUCUAUAGUGGGAUACAAUGUGGAUCGAGCGGCUGACUCGGCGGAUAGUUCGCAUGACGAGGACGAUAGCGAUGUAGCGGGUGUGCUUGCUGCCGCGGACGGUCCUGGUGCGGUGAUAUCUGAGCUUGCUGGAUUAGUGCAUGCUACCGGUCCUACGUUCCUACCUUCGGGUUUGGAUGAGAUGCUUUCCGACGAAGAAGGCUCGUAUAGUAGCAGAAUAUCGAACAAGAGUGAAAAGAAUAUGGCCGAUUUCGACGGCGAAGAGAGCGGUUGUGAGGAAGAAUUGGCCCAAUUGGCGGCGCGUCACUUAACCGCUAUUCAAAUGCAAGCUUAUCAUCCUCAUCAUUCGCACUCAACCAUAACAAUUAGAAGAUCGGUCUGUCAACCGCCGCAAGUGCGAGCCGCUCGACAAACGGCCACCAGACUGAGCUCGCAAUUUAAUUUGGAUACGGUUUGUAAACCAGGUAACACAUUGUUGUGGGACCUUCUUCAGGAUGAUAAGAUUGGUCAGCUAGGCGAAGGACUGGCCUUGGAGGCGGAGAAAGCGCUGUGCAAUCUUUUGUGUUUUAAUGUUGAUCGCUUAAUUCCGAUGAAAUUCAUAGAAGGUUGCUUAGAAAAUUUGGCAACUAAUCGUUCUGUGGUCGUAUCUCUCAGAUUGUUGCCAAAAUUGCUGGCAAGCUUCCAGCAGUUUGGAGCGAUGGACGCGCAUACCAUUACGACCUGGGCCGAUCGUGAGCGCGGCAUGAUGAAACAUUUCUUUAAUAAUUUAAAGACAUACACUAGCACGGGACCGAAGAGUAAUUUGUAUUCUCAUCAAACGGAAAUACAAGUCAGACUACAAUUUCUAUCGUCAAUCUUCUCGCCUUUAGGUUCGCCCGAUUGCUUUCGCUUGAGUUUGGAACAAGUGGAUAUAUUGUGGCAAUGCUUGUCGCAGGAUCCGAUAUGCGCGGAUGAACUCUUUAGCUGGUUGCUCAGUCAAGCAAAAUCUACGGAACAGCAUGCCUUAGGAAUGGACACACUGAAGCAUCUGUGUAUGCGCAAAUUACCUAGCUUACCACCAGAAACUAUCAGCAUGACGGGCCUAAGUCUGUUUCAGCAGUUGUGUAAUUUGGCGCGUUUGGCCGCGGCGCACUUGGAUAGACCAUUGAGAGAUGUGGACUCAGUGGGUAUGGAUUUUUUGUGGCGAAUCGCUUUGAAGGCGAAAAGUACUGACGUCAGUAUGGCAGCUAUACAGUAUCUCAACGGCUAUUAUAUGUCGCGACAACUAACGCAGGAAGCGGAAUUUGUUUCGCAGUGCAUGACGCAUCUCGCGGCGGCUAGCGCUGAUCUCGAGAGCAACGAGGAGGCUAGUUUGCGUUGCAUACAGCGCGCUCUGCUCUUGCUAAGGACGCAUUUAGAAGCUUUUCGAAAACGCUACGCCUAUCAUUUACGUCGCUGGAUACUCGAAGGCAGAGGCGUUGCCAGCCAAUGCUAUGUAGCCAUGAACACGUCCGAGAAGGGCCAACAAUUGAGAAUUUUUGUGCAACCUGCUGGUAUACCAGAGAAAACGAAUUUUACUCUUCUUAACACCGAUUACGUAGCGGAUUUACGAGCUGAAGUAGCUAAAUGGUGGGACGACACGCAGAAUAUUCAAGAAAAGUCCGCAGCCUCCGCAAAUGCAACUUCGAAUAGCGGAUCGGUUUUAGGAUCGUUACUCACCGAUGGUCCUAUCAGAAUGAUCACCCAGGGACAAGAAUUAACUAUCGAUUUUGACGAAAAGACUUUGCAAGAGAUGGGUUUUAAGGAUGGUCAAUUGGUAUUUAUUUCACCUGGUGCCAGUAGAAGUAACGGUGGUGGCGGCGGUCGAUGCAGCAAACGGGAUAUGGAUUCGCCCUCAUUGUUACCGCCCCCUCCUAGAGAAUCGUUACCGACCUUACUGUUACUCCGACCGCAGUACUUUGAACAGCUGUUUACGCUUAUGAGAACACUCAGCGCCAUGAGAACAACCGUGAAAGGUGGACAAGAGAUACCUCAUACGAAAGCCCAAGUACUCUCGAGAAGGGUUUGGGACACGCUCACUUUGUUACCAACAAGCCCGACUUUAUUGCGAGGUUUUCAAAAACUUGGUGAGACGUCUCUUCAGGAGUUACUCGAUCCGGCGAGUCCGCAAAAGUUGAUGUAUUCUCUUUAUAUAGUCGAGUCUUUGAGUCGACGAGGUACGACGAAUCAACCAUCAUCGAGCAACUCUACCGUUUCAUCGACGGCUGCAUCGGCGCAUCAAGGUGGCGGAGAUGCGGACGACAAUCAGGAUGAUCAGGAGAAAGACAUAACUUGGUCCACCCGGUUUGUGCAACACGGUGGACUCCGACAUCUUUUCGAUAUCUUUAUGUCAGGCUGUUUGGAACAGGGAGACGGCAGUGAAUGGCAACAGGAUUGCCUGGCUAGUUUGUUGAAGCAACUUUGUCAUCUCGGCGUCGUAAGAGAGGAAAAGAAACGCAACAAAGCAGACAAGCCGCUAUUGGUGCCCAAGCUGAGCGAGGCAAUGCUGAGAAUGAUGAAUGUCGACACAAUGAUGCCAAGAAUAACGAGCAUUUUAAAUGAUGCCUCGUUACCGCUCGAUCCGAAUCAUUACAAAACCGGACUUUUUGGUCGAUCUCAAGUGAUACAUUACACCAUGGCGCUGUUGGUUUGUUGGGUGCACAGCGACCCGGCAGUACGACAAUAUUUGUUCUCAUCGUCCGAGCCAUUCGGAAAAACAUGGCUACGCAGAUUGAUACUAGAGGAUCCCGAGCCGGCGGUGAGACGCGAGGUAUGCACGGCUUUGUACAAACUAUGUUUAGGUAGCACCGGUGCGGAAGACGACAACUCAGAACAGAUGCCAGGAUUGAUAGUACCCAUGUUGAAUACUCUGCUAGAGCAUCUUGUAAUCGCCGAAGCUAUGCAACCUUCUCAUCGCAAACCGGAUUUACCGUUACAUUUGCACUCAGUCCUGGACGAAGGAAAAGAGCCUUAUGGACCAGCCUGUAAAGACUACUUUUGGUUGGUAUGCCGUCUGGUGGAUUCUUUACCGGACGAAGCGAUUCGAGAGAGUACGGCAGAUGAGACCUCUGGCACGACUAUUGAUCUCGAGGCACUGGCCAUCCGUGUAAUCGACUCCGUGCUUAAUCGGGAACACUUGGAGACUCGACAUAACACGGUGGAAGAUGACGCUUUGGUUGGAUUGAUUAAUCUUACGUGCAACAUUAUGACACAUAACCCUCCCUGCAAGCAGGGAAAAAUCGGUCAGAAUCUGUUGGAUCAAGUAUUUGAUUUUCUGUUUGCCUUGCCGAAUCCGCGGAGUAAGCAUGUGCCUAAGUGUAAGAGCCAAGCGUCCAGAUCAGCCGCUUUCGAUCUUCUAGUCGAACUGGUGAAAUCGACGCCUGAUAAUUAUAGGAUGUUGCAUGAGAAGUUACUCGCUCAGCACCGUCCCGGACCGCAUUCUCCGUAUCCAUGGGAUUACUGGCCUCACGAGGACGGGCGUUCCGAUUGCGGUUACGUAGGCUUGACAAAUCUUGGUGCGACAUGUUAUAUGGCCAGUUGCAUGCAACAUCUGUACAUGAUGCCGCAAGCGCGCGUCUCUAUACUGGGCGCCGAUUGCAGUCGUGCUAAUAAGCAUCAGCUGACUUUACGAGAAUUGCAGAGAAUGUUUGCAUACCUGUUGGAAUCUGAGAGAAAAGCGUAUAAUCCGAGAAGCUUCUGUCGCGUGUACACGAUGAACCACGAGCCACUGAAUACCGGCGAGCAGAAAGACAUGGCCGAAUUUUUCAUUGAUCUUGUUUCCAAGUUAGAGGAGAUGACGUCCGACCUGAAAAACUUAGUUAAGACGCUGUUCUGCGGCGUAAUAUCCAACAAUGUCGUUUCGCUCGAUUGUGAGCAUGUUAGUAGGACCUUGGAGGAAUUCUAUACCGUCCGUUGCCAAGUGGCAGAUAUGAGAAAUCUUUAUGAAAGUUUGGACGAGGUCACGGUCAAGGAUACGUUGGAGGGUGAUAAUAUGUACACGUGCUCGCAGUGUGGGAAGAAAGCGCGCGCGGAAAAACGUGCAUGUUUUAAAAAAUUGCCGCAUAUAUUGUGUUUUAACACGAUGCGCUACACCUUUAACAUGGGUACUAUGUUGAAAGAAAAAGUGAACACGCAUUUCAGUUUUCCUCUUAGACUGGAUAUGUCUGGUUACGUCGAGAAAAAGCUCAUGCCGCAGCAUUAUAAGGACGAGAAGAAAGCCGUGUUACUCCAGAAGAGAAAAUCCGAGAAUGAUGGACAUACGAGACCAUUGCUGGACGAGGAAGACAUACAGGAGGAAGAAAUGGAGCAUUAUCAAUAUGAUUUAAUUGGCGUGACUGUUCAUACAGGAACGGCGGAUGGCGGACAUUAUUACAGUUUCAUCAGGGAUCGUACGUCUCCCAACAAGGACAAGUGGUUCUUGUUCAAUGAUGCUGAAGUCAAGCCGUUUGAUCCGAAUCAGAUCGCGGCCGAAUGCUUCGGCGGCGAAAUGACCAGCAAGACAUACGAUUCGGUGACGGACAAAUUCAUGGACUUUAGCUUCGAGAAGACGAACUCAGCGUAUAUGUUAUUCUACGAAUGGUGCGCCGAUCCCGGUGAGCAAACGAAGGAAGAGGAAGCUACCGUAUCGAGUCCUAUUGCCGAUAAUAAUGCCGAUAAUAAUACUGGGCGAUCGUCAUCCUCGCUAGUACGCAAUAACAUGAACAAACUGCCACCAUUAGAGCUUAACAAGGAGCUCGAAGACUGGAUCUGGCAGGACAAUAUGCACUUUUUACAGGAUAAGAAUAUAUUCGAGCACACAUACUUUGGAUUUAUGUGGCAGAUAUGCGGCUACAUACCGCAAACGCUGCUCUCCGUGCAGCCGGAUAUUACGGAGAUGUCCGCGGAACUGUCGACGUCCUUUUUUAUGGAAACAUUCAUACACGCCAAGGAGAAGCCGACGAUGGUGCAAUGGGUGGAACUGCUGACCAAGCAAUUCAACGGCUCGCCGGGCGCGUGCGCGAGAUUUCUCGAACGGAUGGCCGGCGACUCGUGGUGGCCUAUUCAGAUUCUAGUCAAAUGUCCUAAUCAGAUGGUCAGACAGAUGUUUCAACGGCUAUGCAUCCACGUAAUUCAACGAUUGCGAGCUACUCAGGUGCCUCUGUAUCUUCUCUGUGACGAGGAGAACGACGUCAAUACAGUAGGCACGCGAUCCUGUGUUACGCGAUUUGUUAGAAUGUUAUUAUCGCUUAUGGAACAUGCCAAGCAGCAUCUUAAGCAUCUCACCGAAUACUUCAGUUUCUUGUACGAGUUCAGCAAGAUGGGUGAUGAUGAGGCUGUUUUUCUCAUCAGGGUGCAAGCCAUCUCCACGAUGGUAAACUUUUAUCUUGGACAUAAGACGCACGAGUUUGUUGACGCGGUUAGCGAGGAGGAAGAAGAAGAGGAGAUUGUGACCGUGCCUUCGGAAAAACUCCGACCUGCGUCGUUGGAUAAGAUGAUUAUGUUGAUUGCGUAUUUGGUGGAGCGCAGUAGAGGACAGGAUCAUAGAUUGGCCUUAUCGCCGGCAGAUCUGAGCGCCGUUGCAGGUGGCAAAGGCUUUCCCUUUUUGUAUCAACAGACACGAGAUCUCAUCAAUCUCGCUCAAACCAGAAACUUGAUUCAAUCGUUAUGCCGUUGGAAUGACAGACUGGCGAUACACGUCGUUACUAUGAUAUUCCAGGCAAUAAUGAAGCACACUGACGUGUGUCAACCUUUCUUCAAGUUAUUGACGCUUCUGACGGAAAGUUCAGGAUUAAGCGGACUGCCUUGCAUGACCCAACUGAUCUUAGGUAGGGUCUGGGAAGCGGCGAGAGUCGCUCCUCAUGGUGCGCUCGAAUGGUUGGCUCACGCGGUGACGAGGAGCAAAUUAGCGCACGCCUGGGUGCUGCAAGGACUUGACACGUGGCUGCAGCACUUCCUUCUGGAACACUCCAAUCAGAGGGUCCGUUCAGCCGCCGCUUUUCUGUUGGUAUCGUUGGUCCCAUCUACGCACUUUAGACAGGGUUAUCGAACCGUUCAUCGACUCAAUCUAAAUUGCAACUCGUCCAGAGAGCUUCAGCUAUCACCGGAAGCUACUCUAAUAUUGCAUCAGAUAUAUACGGCGCUCUUAAGAUUAUUGCAACCCGCGCGCCAUUACAUCGACAUACAAACUCAUGGUACAAUGAAACUCACUGCCUACUUUGCAUUGCUCACAUACUGCGUAGUCUCCAAAACCGAAAAAUUAAUGUUCGGACAAUAUCUUAACGACUUGUGGACGCUUUUCCAUCCGAAGCUUUCGGAACCGAGUAUCCCGGUGCAUCAUAAUAAGCAAGCGGUACUUUUGUUUUGGUAUCAUGUCUGCUCCGAUUGCCCAGAGAAUGUCGCUAUGAUACUCCACAAUCCACAUAUAACUAAGAAUAUUGCAUUUAAUUACAUAUUAGCUGAUCACGAAGAUCAGGAUGUCGUGCUAUUUAACAGAGUUAUGUUACCUGCAUAUUACGGCCUCUUGCGGCUUUGCUGCCAGCAGUCGCGCACUUUUACAAGACAAUUGGCUGCACAUCAGAAUAUUCAAUGGGCAUUCAAAAACAUCACUCCUCAUCCGACUCAGUAUUCAACCGUAAGCUUUUCGAGAAUCGCCUUAUUAAAUGCGGUGGAUGAAUUAUUUAAAUUGAUGCAAUUGUUAGUCGCGAGACAUCCUGAUCAAACGGAACAAGAAGAGGCGGAGAUCGCAUCAUUUAGAAGAGGCACGCUAUCCUCUUAUCUACAAGGGCUCGAUGGUCGUUCGUGCUGGGCAACUCUCAUCUCUGCUUUUCGAAUUCUUAUUGAAUCGGACGACGAUCGUUUGUACGUAGUUUACAACGGUGGUUUAAGUAUGGCUCUCGAAGCGUUUCACAUGCUACAUAUAAUGUAUCACGAGGCAACGGCUUGCCACGUUGCCGGUGAUCUGGCAGAACUGAUCGCCAUUAUUGUCGAGCUUGUGCGAUGCGUUCGUACCGCGAGAGAUGGACCGGAUGCUAGAAAUAUUCUCGCCAAUUGCAAAGAAUGGCCCGAUAUACUCCGCAAGCUGGCAACAUUACUAAACACGUACAAUCCGCCGGAUAUGAGAAACCUGGCUAUAGAUCUUUUAAAAGAGCUCGUAAUGCUUGUUCCUGCCGAAGCAAUACUGAUUCUAGCACCAUUACUCUCGCACUGCCAUGCAGCUCUUCAGGAAUCCCAUGCCGCAGUUCCGCCUGGACCGUAUCUUCCGCGAAGAUCUACUCCUCCCGGGAAGAUGCCUAGCAGACCCGCUAGACCGAUGGUACAAAUGGCAGUGCCUCAUUCUCAGCUGGAGGCGUCGAAAGGAGUGGAUCCGGAGUACGAUAGCGCCCUGCUUGAAUUUUACUUACCUUAUCAUGAACUAAUAGAUGUCAUGUGCAGAUUGGCGAUAAAUAAUGAUUGUAUGACGGAUGCGUUAGUGAAUUUGAGCGCUAUGCUUGGAUUCGAAGGUGUACCUUUGCACUUGGCUCUAUUUCCUAGAUUAUGGUUGGAUGUGCAUGCCGCUACACAUAUAGACAGAAAGCAUAUAACGUCUCUUCUAUGUUCUUCCUAUACGGUAGAUUAUGUAGACGCUGUGCUACUGGACGAAAGAUCGUCGUUAGGAGUGCCGGCGAUACAUGCUUUUCUUAAGACUUUCUUUCCAAAAUUGGCCAGUCACGUGUUGACCGAGCAAACGUGCUUGCUCAUCGAUAAUCUGGUCAGCUCGCUAACGGCAAUGGUGGAUGCGGUGGACGUUGAAGCGUCAGCGCAUAGGUUAACCGGAGACUUGCGUGCCCUGGCUCUCGUUUACAGUAGUAGUACAAGACUGAAACCAUCCUCCAGCCUGCUGCCGGCUUUAGAGACGCUGUUGUCGCGAACACGGAUUAUUACAGUAAAAGAGAACCGUUCAUCGUCAGAAGUGGAGUCGCCUUCCAAACGGCGUAGAUUGUGCGGCGAUAGUGAACCGGUCGACAAAGAACUGUGCGCGCCGAUCAACGAUAUCGACAUGGAGAACAAUAUUUCCGAGGCGGAUAUAGACAAGGCGGAUACGGUGAACGAUACGAUGUCUUCCGAUUCCGGGGAUGAUAAGGCCGCCACUGCCAGGCACAAAUCGGGCAAUGUUCAAGCGGAGACUAUCGCCACCAGCGGUACUGUCUCGCCGCCGCGUCUGGUUACCACCGCCAACAGUUGUACAAAUCAGUUACGCUGCUCGUUGACUAAUGUCUCAUGGCUCGAGAUGCUGGAGAAGACUAUUGUCGAUCUUCAAACAAUCGUGCAAGUGCAAAGCAAGAAUAAUUAAAAUAAUUACGCGCAGAUGCUAAAAGCAGUACUGUUUUACAGGAUACAUAACGAUCGGUUUUACGACUUGUAAAUGUGUGUGACUCUUUGCGCAGAUAGAGUUUACGGUGUGUUUGCGCUCCUUUGAAAUCGGAUAUAACUUAAUUCAUAAUAUGUAUCGUACAUAUGUAUCGAGUUUGACUGCGAUUUACUUUCCAAAUAUAGGAGAAUAAGAUAUUUUCGUUAUUUUGGUGACUUAAGUUACGUUAAGUUCAAAUAUAUAAAAUCGAAAGAUCGAAUCGCCAUCGUAUACAUCUGAAUUCUGUAUAAUCUUCAUCAGAACGCGUUCGUUAGUGCUGUGAGAUAGAUUAUUUGUCUCUUGGAAAAGACUUGAUACGAGCACUUUAACGUGCAAUAUAAUGUACACCAUCCAGUAUUCAGAAAACGCAAUUAAAUAUGAGAGAUGUUAUAAAUUUUAAAAAGCAUUUCUCUAAAUCUCGCUAUUUCAGAUAACUUUAUUGACAAAUUAAUUCGAUAAUUUUGCGCUAUGCUUAUGUAUGAAAGGAAUUACAGGGUUUUAAGAAAUUGUUAAAGUAAACAGAUAAGACAGUGUAUUUGAUCAUUAGCGCAGAAAUUUUUUUAUGCUCUCAUAUGUGUUUCUUUUGUUCAUUUUUGACACAUGAAAUUUUGGAAAAUAUUGAUUUAAAAAAAGACAUUAAAAUAAAAGUAAGGCUUUCAUUUUAGACAUUUUUUUUUCUGCAGCUAUUAUAUUCUACUAAUUUAUCACAUGUAUCAAAUCUCUUAUCAUUAUGUCAAUAAUAUUCGUUCAUUAAUUUCAGAUAAAAAAUUCAUUAAAUUUUCAUUUUUCAAUUUCCCAAGCCAACUAUUUUGUUUUCAAGAAACAUAAGAAGAUAUUAGAUGCAUUAAUUAUUUAUUCCUACUUACACGCAAUAUCUAUUGUACAUUGAACAUUAGAAAAGAGAGGUAAAAGAGAGAAUUCAUUAAUAUGAAUGGCUAAUUAUAAUUUGAUACAGUAUAUAUACCACAUGAAGAAAUCUUAAUCUAUUUGGAGCGUUAUAAAUUCAAGUUUUUAGUGAAUUAUAAUAUAAGAUUUAAUAAUGAAGUUUGUUAAUGUAUUUAUUUAUUUUCAGCGAUUAUGUGAACUCCGACGGAUCGAAUGCAAACUAUUUUUUUUUUCUUUUUUUUUUUCAUUUAGCGCUGCUUAAUUAUGCUUUUUUUAUUCAAUAAUCGUUUUACUUUUGUUGCAAAACUAUAAUUUUUUUACAGUCACCGGCUAUUAAAUCUACAGAGACAUCUCACAUCACGAAUGAAUAAAACCAGUCGUGAAAUAUUUUCAACAA